AAUCUUUACUUCUAUUAAGUAACCUCAUAAUUGAAGGGGAGAUAAUCUAAUUGAUAUGCAAUCUAAUUGAAUACAACUGAAAAAUAAUUUAAAAAUCAACCAGAUAUUGGUUAAUUUUUCUUUCCCUUUCUUCAAUAAAUAAUCACAAACAAGAAUCAGGUUGCUCUGAUAUUUUAUUCCUUAGUAGUUAGUUCAAUUCUGUCAAUAACUAGAUCUCAAUCUUUUUGUAAUAUUCAUAAUAUAUUAAGUGAAGUCGAUCAUGUAGAGACCUCAAUCUUGUCUUUGUCUAUUUUAUUUUUUCUAUUUCCCCUUUCACGUUCAUGUAGCAUCACAUUCUUGGAAGAACUCGUGGCUUACAAACUGAAAGCACCAAAUUCAUAAGUUAAUCAUGCAAUAUGCAUCCAUGGACCACACAUAAUUUUAUAUUUCACUGAUCAAUCUUGGUCUAAUCAAUUUUGAAAUUGUAAUUAAAAAAGUUAGAAUUUAAAACAUUACUCUUCUAUGUUAGAUUUCCUCGACAUUACCCAAGCAGGUAAAAUGACCGCAACAAAACCACAUAACGAAUUUAUAUAGUUCUCUUUAAUUAUCAAUGUGUGCACUAAGCAUUCAUGAAACUAUACAAACAGGCUAUAAAAUUCUUGAAAUUCAGCAAAAUCACAAUGAAGUACAUAGCUUUUACCUCUAAUAAGUACCAGAAAAAUAUAAAGAAAUGGGCUCCGAAACAAUGGAGCAUAGGAUGAACGAAAGGCCGAUAGUUUGGCAUAGUUGUAAAAAUUAAAUUUUUGUUUUUUGAUAAUUGGGUGUCCAGGCAAACUUACGCACACGUCGACCAAUCCUAAGGCCCUAAAGUUGACAACGGGGCAAAUCUAAGUGGCCCUUGGACUUUAUUUGGAUCGUGAGGUGAAGUGAGGUGAGAAAAGAAAUUAAAUGAUUAUUGUUUCUCACCAUUGGGUUUGAAUGAAUAAAAAAAUAUAUAUAUAAUUUCUCACCUAUCUUGUUUGCAUAGAAUAAAUAAGAGAAAAGAAAUGAAAGUAUUGUAUUUUAUUUUACUAAAAUAACAUUCCAUAUUAAUAAGCUAUGUUUUUUCAUAAGGGUAAUUUUGAUAUUUUAAAAAACUUUCAUUAAAUCCAAUUCCUUUCUUACCAAAUCUCACCGCUUUUAGUAAGAAACAAAACAUAAGUUUGGUGAGAAUAAUUUUCUCACAAUCUCUCAUCAUUUCUUACUAUUUCUCACUUACUUAACCAUCGGAAAGGUUUUCCAUUCUCACCAUUUCUUUUCUUUUCUCACUAAACCCCUCCAUCCAAACGGAGUGUUAGAAUGACUCCACUUCGAGACCUUGGAUCUUAUCCUCAAGUCUUUACUCAGAGGUGUGUGAAAAUUAAAUUUUUAAUGAGACUAUAUAUUUCUAGUGGACCUUUUUUCUAUGUUAAUAAAUUCAAUUUUCAAAUUCUUGGGGGUUUUAAAAUUACAAAAUUUUACUGGAAUGAGAUGUUUUUAUCUAUAUUUUAAAGAAAACUUUGGUCUAUUCUGAAUGUAAUCAAUCAUUUGUCCUGAUAACACCAUAAAAUUCUAAGCAUUCAUGAAACUAGAUAAAUAGACUAUACAAAACACUUCAAAUUCAUCAAAAGCACAACAGAGUAUACAUACUAUACUAGUAGCGUUUUACCCUCAAGAAAUGGGCUCCAAAACUCAACUCAGACUUCCGAUGAUUGAUUUCUCCAACGUAGAGCUAAACCCUAGCUCUCCGGAGUGGAAAUCGGUGAAAGCUCAGGUCCGAGAAGCGCUCGAAGAGUACGGUUGCUUCGAAGCAACGUUCUCGAAAGUUCCUUUGGAUCUUCGAAAGGCCUUGUUUGGGGCACUAGAAGAGCUUUUCGAUCUGCCUUUGCAAACGAAGCUGAAAAACUCUUCGAAAAAGCCCUUCCAUGGCUAUGUCGGCCAAUAUCCGAUGGUGCCGCUCUAUGAGAGCAUGGGCAUCGAUCAUGCUCCCAACCCUGAUAAAGUACAAGGAUUCACUCAGCUCUUGUGGCCUGAAGGAAACCCUAAUUUCUGCAAAACCAUACAAUCCUACUCAGAGAAACUAUCUGAAUUAGACCAGAUAAUAAGGAGGAUGGUAUUGGAGAGCUUUGGGUUAGAGAAGUACAUGGAUGAACACAUGGACUCAACUAACUACCUUCUUAGAGUGAUGAAGUAUAAAGGACCACAAACAACAGAGACAAAGCUUGGGCUAAACUCACACACAGAUAAGAACAUUGUUACCAUUUUGUAUCAAAAUCAAGUUGAUGGGUUAGAGGUGCAGACUAAAGAUGGAGAGUGGAUCAAUGUCAAGCCGUCCCCUGACUCUUUCAUUGCCAUGAUUGGUGAUUCUUUCUAUGCAUGGACAAAUGGUAGACUGUAUUCAGCACACCAUCAAGUGAUGAUGAGAGGGAAUGAGGCAAGGUACUCUGCAGGAUUGUUUUCUAUCCCAAAAGCAGGUUACAUAGUCAAAGCACCAGAAGAGCUUGUUGAUGAAGACCACCCUUUGCUCUUCAAGCCCUUUGAUCAUGUUGAAUUCCUUGGUUUCUACUACACUGAGGCUGGCCAGAGAUCCCCAUCUGCCCUCAAGGCUUUUUGCGGUGUCUGAACUAGUUAUGUUCAAACCAAGAACUCAAAUACAGAAAAGUAUCAAGAAAAAUAAUGUUUGAUCCAAAUUCAAUUAUGAUAUACAUAUACUGGUGUCUGAAUUUGGCAUCAAGAAUGUUGAGAAACAUGUGUUUGUCUAGUUUCUACCUACUUGUAAAUGAUUUACUUGUGUAUGUGGCUUUCUUUGGGUACUUGUUAAUGCUAAUGGUGUUUUGGUAUUAUGUCAAUAUUAUUGUAUCAAUAAUCAACUGGAAUGGAAUUAAUUCAAUUGGUCAAAA